AUGUUCCAUGCACUCAUUUGCAUCGCAACAGAGUCUUCCACAAGCAGCUAGCUUGACAGCGGUGAGUACUAACAGUAGCCAUGUUUAUUGUUUACUGUAUUAUGAUAUGUUUAUAUUCAUUAUAAUCAUUUUGGGGGAGUGGUUUUGGAGGGAGGCCUGAAGGGACCGACUGUCAGUGUUGCAAACUUUGCGUCUUUCUAUCUAGAUUUAGGGACAUUUGUAGCUGCUAGCUACUUUCGUUGGAAAAGACAACACUGGUUGGGUUUUUCGUUUGGAUAACUUUUAAAAUCUAGCUUACUCUUGCUAGUUUCUCAACAUUACCAACCCUAGCUUUAAGACUUCUCUAGUUCAUGUAUAGGAGUCAAUGAUGUCAUUUUUGAUUAUGAAUAUUAUAACUCUUAACUAACUAACAUACCUUAAUUACCAAAAACAACAGUUGAUGAAGCUUGCACCUCUUUUGCCUUUUUUUAACCAUAACCACAAUAUUCCCAAACAUCAACCAAAUGUUUUAGUUACUUCACCAUACUGUAGUUGCCAAGCACAUACAGUAUAUUGUAUAAAUACAUAAUUCUGUCUGGAUAUUUGUGGAAAUCUGUAAACUACGUUGAACUGCGGUAAUGUCGAGAGUGUGGGAAAAGAGGUCACUUCAAGAUGAAAUGACAUUAGGGCCAUGAGAAAUAUGCCUUUGUUGUUGCUGAUUUUUUUUUACUGUAAGUACCCACCGUGAAAACCAAACAUGAGAUGACAAACACAUGAAACAACACCAGCAACCCGCUUUAAAGUUGGAAAGUUUUGGUUGACAUAUUUCCACUGUGGUAGUACAGUGAAGCGCCAACAUAACGAGAGGCCAAUCAGAUUGCUCUGAAAUUGUUCCCUCCCAUUUCAUAUGAUUAUAUUAAGGUGAAUCAUCUUCUCAUACGAUCUAAUUCAACUGCAGUCUCUCAUGUGGAAAGAAAAUGAAGAUCAUAUUUUUUAUUCUGCUCGUGCUCAAAAUUGGACGAUGCACAGACAAUCGCAUCUCUGAGACGAAGACCAUUGGUGUUGGACAAAAUGUCACUCUAACAUGUACCCGCCAGACAUCAUGGCGUACAACACACUUAUUUUGGAUCAGGGUCGUUUCUGGAACCUUUCCUGAAAUAUUAGGAGGAACGAUAACCUAUGAUAACAAGGUUGUUGAGGAGACUCAUCGCAUUACAGCAACACAAGAGCCUGGAGCAUUUGUUCUGCAUAUUACCAAAACACAGUUCAGCGAUACUGCAUUCUACUACUGUAUAAAAGUGACACGAAGCAACAUGACAUUUUUGGAAGGAAUAUUUCUAGGAAUCAAAGGACCAGAACCUGAUAUCACUGCCGUCACUCAAGACUUUCCAUCCGAUCCAGUCCGUCCAGGAGACUCAGUGACUCUGCAGUGUUCAGUCCUCUCUGACUCUGAGAAGAAAACAUGUCCAGGUGAACACAGUGUGUUCUGGUUCAGAGCCGGAUCAGAUAAAUCUCAUCCAAGUUUAAUUUAUGCCCAAAGAAACAAUAGAGAUGGAUGUGAGAAGAGCCCCGAGGCUCGCUCUCCACAGAAAUGUGUCUACAGCUUCUCUAAGAACGUCAGCUCCUCUGAUGCCGGGACUUAUUACUGUGCUGUGGCCACGUGUGGGGAGAUAUUAUUUGGAAAUGGAACAAAACUGGACGUUGAAGUUGGCAGCACGUGUGAUUCACAGAACGACAACACGAUUGUCUUUCUCUUAUGUGCUGCUUUGGCUAUCAGUCUGAUUGUUAUAGCCUUCCUUGUUUAUGCCAUCAGGAAAAAAUCCUGUAAUUGUUGCAACGCUGCCACCACUCUGCAAACAGACGCUGCAACAGCCAGUGGUAAUCAGCAAAGUCAACAGAGAAAUGAGGACACUUUGGUUUAUUGUACACCAGUCUUUACAAGGAGGAAAGCCGGCAACGCAGGAAGAAGGAAUCAAAGAAAGGAAGACACGAUCUACACCGAUAUCAGGGCUUUUGUGAGGGAUCAAUAAUCCAAAUACUGAUUUGCUAAUUGGUGCAAAAAUAACCAUGUUUAAUAGUUUUUCGUAAUAGCCUGUAGCAUUGUGUAUUCCAUCCAUGUUAUUUUGUUUCAUUUUUUUGUGCAUUUUAUUAAAGUUUUCCAUACAAAAACAUUAUACAUCUGCUCCUUUUUUGGAAGAUUCAUUUUGAAAGAGCGGUGAGAAGAGGUCAGUACACUUGUACUAAAAGGAAUUUAUAGUUGUGUACACGUGUUGUUUCCUUUCUUAGUAAACAAACCUAUAUUAUGACAAAAGAUACCACAUCUAC